GUCAAGCUAAGGCCUAUGCUGCAGUGGAAGGGGGCGGUGACAGAAAAGCCUAUAUUUUAAUAUUUACCCCUUUCAUUUUUCUGUUUUUGACAAGUGCUAAAACAAACCUGAAUUCGAGUCGGUGUUUGGCCCCCGCAGCAGGCGCAGCCGGUGGUUCGCUUGGUUCCGUUGGCCGGUCUCGGUUCGCUCUGCAAUGUUAGCUUAACAUGAAAGCUAAAGAGCUGCAUCACCAUGGAAACACACUCUGAACCCAUGCGUUUCUGCUCGCCAUGACGCCCAGCAGAGGAUUCUGGGAUUGAUGUGGGACUCCCCCUGAUGGCCUGGAUUGGGUCUCGGCCGGCCUGCUGAAGCCAUGGGAGGCUGCUGGAGCUGCCUGUACAGAGACGCACUCCCAGAGAACCACCCCACCAAGUUUAAGGUGACGAAUGUGGAUGAUGAAGGGAACGAGUUGGGCUCAGGAACGAUGGAGCUCACUCAGACCGAGCUCAUCCUGCACACCAGGAAGAGAGACGCCGUGCGGUGGCCCUACCUCUGCCUCCGUCGUUACGGCUAUGACUCCAACCUCUUCUCCUUCGAGAGCGGCCGGCGCUGCCAGACCGGGCAGGGAAUCUUUGCAUUUAAGUGUUCGCGGGCGGAGGAGAUCUUUAACCUGCUGCAGGAGCUCAUGCAGUGCAACAGCAUCAACGUGGUGGAGGAACCUGUCCUAAUCACACGCAGCGGGCACACUCCAGAGCUGGACCUGCCCUGUACACCACAGACACCCAACACUCCAGCAUACACAGUGCAGGGGUUCCCCAACGGAUAUCCGGGGUACCCCAUUAGCGCAGAGUCCUCCCACCCCUCAUCCGGCCAGCCCUCCGUGGCUGAUGAGCAUAGCCACAACCUCAUGGGCCUGGACGAGCAGGCCCACACGUAUGUGAACACAGCCAGUGUGGACGCAGAGAUCCGGGGGCGGCACUGUGUGCACUCCCUGCCCGAGGUGCGCCCCACUCCCUUCCCUGAGCCCCCCAGGGGUGUGGCUCCCAGCAUGCACUGCUGCCCGCUGGAGGAGCACGAGGACCCGCAGGUCUUCCUCCAGACGGCCUCUCAGGAGGCCAAGUUCAUGCUGGGCCCCACGCCCGCCCAGCGCCGCUUCCUGGAGCUGGAGCGCGAGAGGCGUGCCCAUCACUCCCACGGGGGCGGGGCCUCCGAGCUGGAGGGCGGGGCCCAGCCUCUGCACGCGCACAACCAGCACCCUUAUCACCACCACCACCUCCACCUGCCCCCGCGCCAGCCCCACCCGGGCCCCGCGGAGCACCCGGGCCCCGCGGAGCACCAGGGCUGCCCGCUCACGCGCCUCACCUACGAGAACAUCAGCGGCCUGCGUGGGCCCGGCCGGAGGGGCGGGGCGGGGCGCAGCCGGGCGUGUCCCCUGCCUCUGUCCCACUCGGGCGGCUCCAGCAGCAGCAGCAGUGGAGGGGGGGAAGGCUCCGGCCACGCCCACCCCCACCCGCACGUCCACCCCCACCCCCACCCUCACCCCCACCCGCUGCCUCCCCAGGCAUACGGCUGUGAGCGCGGCUGCCACCGCAAGACGGCCCUGCUCAACUACGAGAACCUGCCCUCUCUGCCCCCUGUGUGGGAGUACCGGGCCCUGCAGCGCGAGGAGGAGGAGGAGCCGGACGAGGAGGAGGAAGAGGAGGAUGAGGAGGAGGAGGAGGAGCAGGAGGACGAUGAGUAUGAGGAGGAGGACUAUGAGGAGUAUGAGUUCUCUGAGGGACCCGGCACGCCCAACGGCUACCACCAGGACCGUCUCCACGGCGACCACCAGGACCGUCUCCACGGCGACGCCAUGCGCAACUACGUGAACACGGAGCGUGUGCAGCUGGGCUCCCGCCGGCCGGCCUGUCUCCCCCGCAGACAGCAGUGCCCGGGGGGCGGGCCGGGGGGGCCGGGGGGGGUGUUCAGCUUUGAUUUCCACCGGGGAGCGGGCAGUGCCGGGGCAGGGGGCUGUGAGCACGGACACCUGCCCCAGUCCCGCCAGCUCAACUACAUACAGGUGGACCUGGACGGGGAGGCAUCGCGCCAGGACCCGACCCAGCCCGGCCCGGUCCCGCCCGCCGCCCCGCCCGCCCGCCGCAGCGAGUUCUACGCCGUCAUCGACCUGAAGAAGACCGCCGCCAUGUCCAACCUGCAGAAGGCCCUGCCCCGCGAUGACGGAACCUCCCGGAAAACCCGCCACAACAGCACGGACCUGCCACUCUGAGCGAGAGAGACUCUCCCAGAAGGUAAUGGGCACUCAAACUCCACCCUUGAACGCAGAGGCUGGUUUAUGGGCGGCCACCCAUCCAGGCGAUCACAUGACACUCACGGAC